AUGCCCCACUGGUCACUGCAAAUAAACGGCUGCGAUCAAGUAGGGUCCGAUCACACAGAGGAACCUUCCUCUCACCCACCGCGGAGACCUACAGGUGCUGCAGAGCGGCUCAAGUCCCGCAGCUACAUUGGACGGAGCUUCUCUGGUGGGGGUAUGGAAUCCGUUGCUGCUUCUGUAGCUGCUGCCUCGGCGUCUAGUGUUGAGUCGAGUAGAAAACCAGGUGCUGCUGCAGAGAGGCUCAAGUCCAGCAGCUUCAUUGGGCGGAGUUUUUCUGGGGGGGGUGUGGAGUCUGCAUCUGCUUCUGCUGCUGCUGCGGCGGCGUCUAUCCGCGCUGCAUUACGGGCGUCCGUGCUUCGAAGCUCGUCAGGAGUGGGGAAAGCGAGAGAGGGGGGAGAGGGACAGGGGGCGCAGAAAGGAGGGGAACAGAAAGUGGGAAAGGGAGGGUCGGGUCGAUGGUCAGUUGCACGGAGCUUCUCUGGUGGCCGUACUCGCACAGAUAAUGCUGCUGCUACCGCUGCUGCUGCUGCUGCUGCUGGUGAUGGUGGUUGUGGUGGUGGUGGUGGUGGUGAUGAUGCUGGUGGUGGGAUUCGGGUGGAUGAGUCACGUUCGGCCAGAGUGGGAGGCGCGGGUGGGGAGGAGGAGGAGGAGAAAGAGGGUUUUGAAGUGUGUGGCAGGGAAAGCAGGGACGGUGGCAGGGGAGGAGGGAUGGGGGAAGAUCAUGGGGUUGAUGGAAAAGAGGUGGUCAACAGUGAGGAGGAGAGUGAGGAAGAGGAGGAGGAGGGGGAGGGAGUGGAGGAAGAGGGGGACGAGGAGGAGGGCGAGGAAGUAGCUGUAGGUAGAGGGUUGUGGGAGGAUUAUAACGAGGGUGAUACUGGACGAGUAGAGAUGAGCUUACGUGACAGUGGAUGGUCAGCCCAGCAAGGGCAGCACGGAGCAGGGGACUGGAUGAAGCACCCGAGCAGCAGGCUGAUUGGUAUGAGCAGGGGUGAGGAGGACGAGGAAGGUAUUGAGUUGAGUCAAGGGCAACACGGAGCAGCGGAUUGGAUGAAGCACCCGAGCAGCAGACUGGUCUCAAGGAACAGCGAUGAGGAAGACGACAGAGAGGAGGAAAAGGAGACAGACGAAGGAGAGGAGGGAGAGCAGGGAGAAGAGGGAGAGGAGGGAGAGGAGGAAGAGGAGGAGGAAGAGGAGGAGGAAGAGGAGGACGAGAGGCAAGGCUUCAUCCUGAGCAGCGGAGGUGUGGAAAUGGAGGGUGCUGGGUGGCGAGAAGGGGGUUUCCAAGAAUUUUCUGAGCCAGUGCAAGAUUCAGAACCUGGUGACACACGGGAUGGAAUCUUCCAGGAAAACGAGAACAAAGGAGGAGGGUUUGGGAUGGAUAGGAGGCUAUUGAUGGGUGCUCCUUCCCGCAACCCCAAUGCAGUGUUUGAAACGCCCCAGCAGCAAAGGGUGCUUAUAGGAGCCCCGUCUCUCAACCCGGACACAGUCUUUGAAACGCCUCAGAGAAGGGUUUUGAUGGGAGCUCCCUCGCUCAAUCCUGACGCAGCUUUUGAGGUUCCCCAGCAGAGGGAGCUUAUAGGAGCGCCGUCUCUUAACCCUGACGCAGGUUCACAGGCGUUCUGGGCGAGUUUGAAGGAGGGGAGAGGGGCGGACGUGUGGGAUAGGGAGGCGGAGACAAUUGCGGAAGAGGGGGAUGGGGGAGAGGGUGGGGAAGGGGAAGGGGAAGAGGAUGGGGAGGGGGAGGAGGGGGGUGGUGCUAGUGGUGUGUUUGAUCUGGCGCAAGGGCUGAUGAUAGGGGGAGAGGGGGGAGGUGUGGAAGAAGGAGGAGGGUUCGGUUUUGAUGUGGGGGAGAGGGAGGAGGGAAACUGGGAUGGAGAAGCAGCAGGGUACGAGGGUGGUGGCAGCAGGAGUAUGGGGCGAGACAUGGGUGCUGGUGGUCCGUGGGAGUCAGUGCGAGAUGCGGAGAGGGAAAUGGAUUCGGAAUGCAGCAGCAGCAGCACUGCAAUGCUGUUCCGAGGGAGUCAGAGUCUGGGAGCACCGGGAGUUCAAGGGGAGCUUCGAGAAGGGGAGAAUGAAAAUGCGGAGUUUCAAGAAGGCGAGGUUCUAUCAGACUUGUGGGGCAGGGCUCCACGGGUUGAAAGCAGAUAUUCCUCCCAGGAGAAGAGCAGCAGCAGCAGCUUUCAGGCGUCGCCUGCAUCCCUGCUGGCGCUCGAUCUAACCACAGAAGAUGCCCCCCCCCCCUCCUCCUCUCGUCCCAGCAGCCCGUUUUCCGGCCCGCUUUCCGGCCUGCUCCGCCGGUCCAAAACCCCCCCUCGCUCCCCCAACCAGACCCCCCCACGCACCCCUCCGCGCUCCCCCUCCCACACCCCCACCCACACCCCUCCUCGCACCCCCCCGGGCGGGGCCAGUCCGAACCGGUUCUUAGAUAAGUGCAGGAGCGCGAGACUGGACCGGCCAAGUAGUCCUCUCAGGUUUGACCGGCCUGGGAGUCCCCUGAAGGGGGUGUGGGGUGUGUUAACGGGCCAGGGCGACGGGGGGAAGAGCGGGUGGGAGAGGAUUGAUGUCGAUGCUGUGGUGGCUAGUGCUGCCGCGGCUGCGUCGUCUGCGGUAGGUGGUGGUGGUGUGGGUGGGAGUGCGGGUGCGAGUGAUAGGUUCGUGCUGACAAGAGCGAAGACUGAUAGCAGGGGGGUGGAGGAUGGGGAUGGGGAUGGAGUAUGGUGUCGAGAAGGAAGAGGAGGAGGAGGGGGAGGAGCCUGGGGAGAAGGAAGAGGAGGGGGUGAUGGGGGAGUCGAGGCGAACUCGCUAGCAAUAGAAGGAGCAGAAGUUGCAACAGGGGGGAUGGCUAGGAGAGAAGAGGUGGCGAUAGAGGACAGGGAAGCAGCGCAAGGAGGAGGAGGGGGAGGAGCAGCAGCAGUAGCAGCAGCAGGGGCAAGUACAGCUGCUGCUGGGAGCAAAAUGAGGGGAGGAGGAGGAGCAGGAGCAGAGGCAGCAGCAGUAGUGGACAAGGAAGCAGCACUGGAAAACGCAUGGAUGAUGGCGGAAGGGGAAGAGGAGGAGGAAACUCCAGACUUUGACGAUUUCAGCCGCACCCGAACCUUCACCUCUGCCAUCAUUGCUGGACUCACCAAGAGAGUUACCGGACCUAAGGCUGGGCCUGCCAAGCCUGGAUCCACCAAGCCUGGGUUCACCAUGCCUGGGCUUGGCAAGAGGGGGGAGGAUCCGGGCAGUGGCAGCAAGGGGGUGGUUCCGAGGACCAUUAGUGAUACGCUCAAGGAUGGGGCAAAGGAGGGUAUGGUGAAGGGCGAGGGGAAGCAGGGCAAGUGGUGGGCGUUCAGGGAGAAAGGGGAGGAGAGCGGUAGGGGAUUAGGGGGGCCUGGAUGGGGUAUUCUGGCCUCCAAGCCGAGACCAGGAGAGGAGGGAGGGGGUUUAAAGGGUGCACCUGCACUGGAGGCACAUGGGUUAGGUGGGUCAGGUAGGUUAGGUGGGCAUCAUGGGGAUAGUAAGGACGAGGAGGAGAAGGGGCACGGGGGAGUGUUUGGUUCCGCUCAUGCUCAACACCACCACCAUUCCCGGCAGAAGUCUCAGAUUUCGUUCGGGUCUGCUGCUGAUUCUGCGCUGCUGUCUGGCCUGCCUUCGUUCCUUCGCUCAGUCACCUUCACCUCUGCUGAAGCCCAGGCGCAUCACCAACAGCACCAGCAGCAGCAGCAGCAGCAGCAGCAGCAGCAGCAGCAGCAGGAGCAGGAGCAGGAGGAGAAUCAGCUGUGGUUGCAGCAGGGGGAUGCGAUGCGGGCAGAGCAAUCAACUCAUGCACAGGAGACUGAGACACAUGGGGGACCCCCUGUUGUCACUCCUCGGGUCGCCUACUUCUCAUUCGACAAGUACCGCGAGGCUGUAGCAGGGGGAGGCUCAUCCGGGGGAGGUGCAUCUGGGGGAGGUGCAUCUGCUGAGGAGCGUGAUGCCGAAGGGUACCUGCUAUCCCACUCCUUUGGCAGCGGGAGGGCUAGAAGCAGGAGCAGCUUCAGCGGCAGAUAUGGCAGCAGCAUUGGCGGUGGUGGUGGUAGUGGGAGUUUGACUCCGCCUCCUCGAGCAGCAUUGGGGAAAAGCGGCGGCAGUGGAUGCCUGACUCCUCCAUCUGGCGCACUAACAGACAAGAGAGCGAGGGAACGAGAAGCGGAUAGAUGGGACGAGGCAGAGCAAGGGGAUGGUGUGCGAGGGCGAGUAGGGUCAGGCCGCAUGGGUGGAGAGGGGGAGGGGGCGCUUCUGACUGCUAGUCUGGGAAGGCGGGUUGGGGAAGGGCAAGGGGGUCUGCGUGGGUCGCGGCUGGGGAAGGGUGGUAGGGGCGACAAGGGGGCGGUGCGAGGGGUAGAAGAGGGUGAAAGGGAGGAGGGGGAGGAGGAGGAGGUGGGGAGUUGUGGUUCCCGUGCAAGCAGAGUGGUGGAUGGAGUGUCGGGCGGGGCACGGCCAAAGUACGACAGGAAGGCCAGGAGUCGCACGUUUGGCAAUCCAGAAGAACUCGUGGACCUCUACCCUCCCCCCGGCGCCUUUGAGCGAUCCCACUCCACACCUGAGCGGCGGCGCCCUCUCGAUCGCCCAGCAACCUCCUCUGCUGCAGCAGGGGCUGGGAGACCGCCCAUCCACCACGCCCACUCCGCCUCUCUGGCUGCUCGUUCCCUGGUGAACGGCCAUGGGAGCGGACAGAGGCAGAGAGGAGGUGAGUCCGGGCGGAUUGGAGGGAGCAGAUUGUCUGGGAAACAGCAGAGGAACCCCGGGUGGGACGAGCAGCAGGGGCGGCAUGGGGAGGAGCAUGCACACGAGCAGGGGUAUGAGGAGCAGCAGUAUGAGCAGAACUAUCAGCAGCAGCAAGUGCGGGAUAAGAAACAGCAGAAGGGGCGUAAGGAGACAGGUGCAGGGCUGCAUGUGGUGUGGAGACAGUUGGAAGGGGAGGAGGAGGAAGAGUGGGGCAGGCAGAACUCAGAUCCUGUACAAGGUGGCAAGGGGAGGGUGAAGGCCGUAAGGAGGCAAGUGCAGGACGAGGAGGAAGAGUGGGAUAGGCAGAAUUCAGAUCCUGUGGCAGGCGGCAGGGGGAGGGUGAAGGCUGUAAGGAGGCAAGUGCAGGACGAGGAGGAUGGAGAGUGGGGCAGGCAGAAUUCAGAUCCUGUAAAAGGGAGCAGGGAGAGGGUGAGGGCUGGAAGGAGGCACGUGGAGAACGAGGAGGAUGGGGAGGAUGGAGAAUGGGGACGGCAGCACUCAGAACCUGCGAAACGCGGCAGGGAGAGGGUGAAGGUGGGAAGGGGGAACGAGGAGGCCAAGGAGGAGGAAGCAUGGGAUUCUGUGGAAGGGGAGGAAGAGGGGGAGGAAGAGGAAGAGGCAGGGGAUGGGGAAGAGGUGGAGGAAGAGGAGGAGGAGGAUGAAGAGGAGAAGGAGGAGGAGGAAGAGGAGGAGGAGGAGGAUGGGGAAGAGGUGGUGGAGAGUGGACGAACGAGAUGGUCCAGAGAUUGUGGAGCAAGUCAGGGUAAAGGAAUUCGGGUCAAACGUGGGGAAGGGAGAGCAGGGACAAAAUCUGGAAUUAAGCCUUCUCGCAGGUGCGACAGUGGAAGGGGCAAAGUCGAUGGAAGAAACAGUGGGAGUGAGGGUGAAGAGGAGCAAGGGGAAAGGAACUUUACUUAUGAGAAGGAGCAUUCGCGAGGAAAGGGGAGAGGAGAGGGAGGGUGGGAAGGAGGCAGUGGUGGUUAUGGGGAGAGGCGGCAGCAAUGGCGUGACAGUCAAGAAGUGCAGGAGGAGGGAGAGGGGGAAGGGAGUGAUAACGAGGAUAGUAAGGAGUGGAGUGAGUGUGAGGAUAGUGAGGUGGAGAACGGGGAUGGUGAAGGGAGUGGGGAAGUGGUGAGUGGAGAUGAGGAGGAGAGUGCACAGCAUGCAGUGCGCAGAAAGAGCGGAGAGGAACACGAGGAACAGUACAGCUACAGAGAUGGGGACAGAGAUGGGGACAGAGAUGGGGACAGAGAUGGGGACAGAGAUGGGGCCAGAGAUGGGGCCAGAGAUGGGGACAGAGAUGGGGCCAAAGAUGGGGACAGGAAGAAACAGUCGCAAAGGAGCAGUGAUUGGGAGAAGCAGAAUGCACGGGGGUUUGAGGAGAGGCGUAACGGAGAAAAGGAAGGCAUGCACAGCAGGUACAAAGAGGAGGGGGGUGAAGUGUAUAGAAGGAAUGGGGAAGAAGUACUGGUAUAUGGGAGUGAUGUGUACGAUAGGGGCCAUGGAGACAUGGGGGGUGGUGAGGAGGAAGAUGGGGGGGGGUACAGAAAGGGCUGCUCUAGUAAAGAGAAGUACACUCACCAGGAAGACGAGAGGGGUGGAGCAAGGAAUAGUGGUGCACGCCACUCCCGCACUUCCAGCUGCUUGGACCAGAAGAAUCAGGAGGGCGAGAGAAGUGCAGCAAGGGAUGGUGGUAGUGGUAGUGGUGCACGGCACGCCCGCACUUCCAGCUGGUUGGACCAGAAGAGCCGCUCUCACCGGCCCGGGCGAUAG